AUUUGACAGUGGUGCCAUAAGAGUGUCAUUAGACAAUCAUAAUUAUCACAUGACACUGUCAUGAGCAUUAAUGAAUGCUUAUAACAGAUGUCAUUUAAUGUUAUCCUGCAAAUGAUCUCACUUUUGAAUGGAUAAAAUAUCCGAGCUGGACAUAAAUGGAAUUAGCAACAUAAUUUGCCGGAUGACACUUAAUGACAUCUGUCAUAAGCAUUCAGUAAUGCCCAUGAUAGUGUCAUGUCAUAAUAAUGACAGUCUUAUGAUGCCACUCUCAAAUAAAGUGUUACCAUUUAACCCAAAUUAAUCAACAAAUAAGCCACACUGGACUAUAAGCCGCAGGACUCAAAAUGAAGGUAAAAAGUAGCGGCUUAUAGACCAAAAAUUACGGUAAAAGCUUCGAGCAGAUAACACUUAAUGACAUCUGUCAUAUGUAUUAAUUAAUGCUCAUGAUACUGUCAUGCCGUAAUUAUGACGGUCUUAUGACAUCGCUGUCAAAUGAAGUGUUACCUAUUAAACCAAAUAAAUCAACAAGUAAGCCACAUUGCACUAUAAGGUGCAGGAUUCAAAAUAAAGGAAAAAAGUAGCCGCUUAUAGUCCAAAAAUUACGGUACCUGUCAGUCGACGUAGCAUCGUAAAAGUUAUGAAAAUAUUUUUAAAGGUUGAAAAGUUACCUGAUGUUGCUUCAAGGAUUUAAAAAAAUGGACUAAUCGAACAAGAUACAUGCAAUAAUUUUAAAAAAUCUGUUUUUACUGAACUGCCAAGCAAUUGGAUUUGGGUACCUUAUAUCAAAUGGUAUCAUGUUAGGGUAUCUAACUAUUAUUUUGGUCAGUGAGAGUGAAUCAUUUGUGGGCGUGGUCAGCUAAAUGUCCUUUUGGAGGAAGAACUUACAGGUAUCGGGGCGGGAGUAAAGGAUUCAUGCAUUACAAGGUAGCUUUUGUCCACGAUAAGGAUGUAACCUGAGUUAGCCUGGGGAAGUACACAGUUAUAGUGUGGCGCUUUGAAUGUGGAGACAAGGGCUGGGCAGGGUGUCCGAAUGAGAAGCUACCUGUUGUGAUGACUGGAACAAGUGUAGCAGUCGACAAGCUUAGCGCAGCAGGAUGGAAGAAGCGGCGUCUAAUUCAGGCACCGUUACGGAUGUUGAGUCGGACUCGGGUUUCUGCAUUGAAGUGUACUCAGAGCUACAGAGUACUGUGGUACUGGAGAAGAUGGACUCGGUUGAGAUAGAGGAGAAAUGGGAACGAGACAAAGUGAAUGAGGAGAAACAGCGGGGGAGUAUGGAAGACAAUAAAAUGCAGGUGGAUUUAGGAUUAGUACAAGAGAAGGCAGAAAGACAAUCAAGUAGUCAUUGGAGUAGAUCCCUGCAUGUGACUUUGCAGCCUGUAGAAAGCUGGGAUCAUGUACGCAUCUCCCUGGAGGAGGUCCAAAAAUACCACAGAUUUUCCUGUUAUUGCCAGUGGAUGUGUGAUGAGAUCAUGCAAUUGGACAGCAGCCCUCUCCGCGCUGCUGACAUCACUCCUGAACUCAGGAGGCAGUUCGCUUUUCUUUCAGGAGGCAGAGGAGACAACGGUAGCCCCAUCAUCAUUUUUCCAGAAUUCCCAUCUUUCAGCGAGAUCACGGACAGAGAAUUUCACAAUGUGCUCACCUACCUGACAAGUGUACCCAGUUUGCCAUCAACGGACGUAGGCUUCAUUCUUGUCAUCGAUCGCCGGCAGGACCGAUGGGCCGCCGUCAAAGGGACUCUGCUACGGAUCGCGGGUGCGUUCCCUGGAAACCUGCAGCUGGUUCUGGUCCUCCGGCCCACUACUCUUUUCCAGCGCACACUCUCCGACAUCCUCUUCAAAUUCAACAAGGAUGAAUUCAAAAUGAAAGUGCCUGUGAUCAUGCUGAGCUCGGUGAGUGAGCUUCACUCGUACAUCGACCAGACACAGCUGAGCCAGGAUCUCGGGGGAACGCAGGCAUACUGUCACGAAAAGUGGAUCACUCACCGCACGGCUAUUGAGGGCUUUGCAUUGAUGGUGAAAAAGAUGGCCCAGGCACUGCAGUCGUUUGGCGCUGAACUGGCUGAAACAGAACUCCCUAAUGAGACCCAAGCCACCAAUUUCCUCCUCAGUGAACAUGGCUGCAAGAAAGACAAGAUGAAGGAUGAUCUGCUGGUGGCUCUGAGGCAAGGGAGCAGGCUGUUGGAGAGCAUUAAUGAACCUCUGAUGCACAACCCUGACCACAACAUGAACCAAGACGAACUAGAGAACCUGGCAACAGUACAGAGACUCCUGUCACAAUUGGAUGAGACGGAAACGGCUUUUGACGAGUUCUGGGCAAAGCACCGGACCAAACUGGAGCAGUGUCUGCAGUUGCGCCACUUUGAGGAUGAUUACAAGGAGUUAAGGCUUCUGCUGGAUCAGCUGACUGAGAAACUGGACACGUUCUCUGAGGUGGGGAUCAGCCCCACCCAUGUUGACCAUAUUCUCAGUGGUCUCAACGCCCAUGAGGAAAGAGUUUGCGAGGUGCUGGACAGAGCUUUGGCUUUGGCCCGUGAAGGUGAUGACCUCAUCCAGAAGGCCCAUUACGCUCAGGAUUCAAUUGUUCCCAAAAGCAACGAGCUACGGACGCUCUGCCAGGAAUUAAGCGACAGCCUAAAGUCAAAGAAGGAGUUGCUCCUCAAAGUCCGAGAGCUGCAUCACUGCUUGGAGAAGGCUUUAAAGUGGUGCGACGAUGGCAUUUACCUGCUAGCCUCUCAGCCCGUGGACAAGUGUCAAUCUCAUGAGGGGGCGGAGUCAGCCCUACAGGAGUUGGAAAGGUUCUUGGCAGACGCAGGACAGAACCGACUGUUGGAGCCAAGCGGCAUCUGGACAGAAUAUGAGGCCGUGCUCGACCAGCAGCUCAGGGACCAAGUGGAGAAGGUGUUCCAGAAGCAAGCGUCCAUGCAGGAGAUGUUCGACAAGAGAAGGGUCAGCCUCAACAAACUGGCAGCCAAACAGACUAGGCCAGUGCAGCCGGUCGCUCCAAGACCUGAAGCCUUCAUCAAAUCUCCUCUUAGCUCACCCGCACACAGAGGCAAACUGGAUAGAAGCCACUCCGAAGGAAACAAUGCCACUUAUGAAAAAGGAGAUGAACAUCUUCAGAACGGGGAGAUCAAACGCAGACACGGCUCUCUUUCAGAGGAGGAAGAGAAUCUGGCUGUGCUCAGGAGGCAUGUCAUGAAUGAGCUGCUGGAAACAGAAAGGGCCUAUGUGGAGGAGCUGCUCUGUGUCUUACAGGGUUAUGCCUCCGAGAUGGAUAACGCUGCCAUGGCGCAUCUUAUCCCUCCUCAUUUGCUGAACAAAAAGGAGAUUUUGUUUGGCAACAUGCCAGAAAUCUACCAUUUCCACAAGAGGACAUUUCUCAGGGAGUUGGAGCUUUACGCAGACUGUCCAGAACUAGUCGGGAGAUGUUUCCUAGAAAGGAUGACAGACCUGCAAAUCUAUGAGAAGUACUGUCACAACAAGCCUCGCUCCGAAAGCCUCUGGAGGCAGUGCUCCGACUGCAUCUUCUUCCAGGUACUCUCAACAUUUAAACCUGGUUAUUUUUGGCUCGUGUGUUUGACAUCUUUAUUUCACACUCUUCAACAGGAGUGUCAGAAAAAGCUGGAGCACAAACUUGGCUUGGAUUCCUAUUUGCUUAAACCUGUGCAGAGAAUCACCAAAUAUCAGCUGCUAUUGAAGGAAAUGCUUAAAUACAGUAAAGGCUGUGAGGGUACGGAUGACCUGCAAGAGGCUCUGACCUCCAUCUUGGGCAUCCUUAAGGCUGUCAAUGACUCCAUGCAUCUCAUUGCCAUUACAGGAUAUGAGGGCAACCUGAGUGAGCUGGGAAAGCUGCUGAUGCAGGGGUCAUUCAGCGUGUGGACGGAACACAAGAAAGGCCACGCCAAGGUGAAGGACCUAGCCCGUUUUAAGCCCAUGCAAAGGCACAUCUUCCUGCAUGAGAAAGCCCUACUCUUCUGUAAGCGAAGGGAGGAGAGUGGUGAGGGAUACGAGAAAGCUCCCUCUUACAGCUUCAAGCAGUCACUCAGCAUGAAUGCUGUUGGCAUUACUGAAAAUGCCAAAGGAGAUAAUAAGAAGUUUGAAAUCUGGUGUAAUUCUAGAGAAGAGGUCUACAUUGUGCAGGCACCAACACCUGAAGUUAAGACCACCUGGGUGAAGGAGAUAAGGAAGGUUUUGACAACUCAAUUGGAAGCAUGCAGAGCAAGUCAGCAGAGGGCGCCAGAUCAGGUUAUCCAAUGUCCUCCAGGAGGACCAGACAAUCAAAGCAGCAGUCCAUUCAAGAUGGGCCAAAGAAGUUUGAAGAAAGGAGAUGAGAGGAAAGCAGAACAAUGCAUUCUCGAUUCCAAUUCUUCUCCUUCGUCAAAGUCAGCAGGGAAAGAGAGAGCCUCAAGCCCUACCUCAGACAGAAGUGCGGCAGCUAAAAAGCGAUUUACUUUACAGGGCUUCAGUAACCUCAAAGCUCAGAAAGAGCCACCAAACACAGAUGAUAAAAGCUUCACUUUGCCCAUCACCAUUCUGCUUUGUCCAGGGUCUCCAACCAGCCCUGAUCACAAGACUAAGCGCCAGAGUGACCCCACACCAUUCGGCUUUAAGGGCUGGAACAAGACCUCCCUGUCGCUCGAUGCAUCAGAGGAGCAUGAAGGCUACUCUAGUGGCGAAGAUCCUCUCAACUCUGAUGCAGAGGAGGACAACGCCAAGAAGCUUUGCGCUGGUAAAUACACGGCAACGGCGGACUAUGAGAAAAGUUCCAACCAAGACGUGGCGGUAAAAAGCGGAGAAGUUGUGCAGCUGGUGAAGGAGGGGGAGGACGGACAGUGGUUAGUGCGUAACCUCAACACCUCCACUGAGGGCUGGAUAGCCACGGCAAAUUUGAUUACACUCAUUGUAAAGUCCAAGUCGUGUCAUUCACUCACCAGCUCAGAAGGCAGCGGUUCAGGACACCUCAGCACAUCAUCCAGUUGCAGUGAAACCUGCACGCCUUUCACCGAUGUCAAAUCCUGAGCUGGCCCGCACUUGACUCAAUUGUGCACUCGCCACUCACUCCCUCUCUCGAAAGUUUUGUGGCUGUCUGUGGUUAAUGUUAACAUUGAUAUCCACCCAUCAAAACCAGCAUAUUUUCCAAACACCCAUGCAUAGACAUCCUGCGCCCCUAAACGGGUGGGCAAUUGUUUAAGAAUAUACAGUAUUAAUUUAUGUCAUGAUGACGUAUACAGUAUAUAAAAGAGGCCAGCAGUACCUAAUGUAUCCUUCAGUGGAUCAACCAGGAACUAAUUCUACUACAUGAGCACAUUUCAAAGCUAGACAGUUACGUACAGCAAAUUUUCUGCUGUUAUACACUCGCCGGCCACUUUAUUAGGUACACCAUGCUAGUAACGGGUUGGACCCCCUUUUGCCUUCAGAACUGCCUCAAUUCUUCGUGGCAUAGAUUCAACAUGGUGCUGGAAGCAUUCCUCAGAUAGUUUGGUCCAUAUUGACAUGAUAGCAUCACACAGUUGGUGCAGAUUUGUCGGCUGCACAUCCAUGAUGCGAAUCUCCCGUUCCACCACAUCCCAAAGAUGCUCUAUUGCAGGGGUCCCCAAACUUUUUCCUGUGAUGGCCACAUAACUUUUCCCUUCUCUGAUGAGUCAGUUUGUAACAGAAGAAGUGUGACGAUUGCAGGAGUGUCUAAAUGUAAAAAUGUAUUGUUUUUCAGAAAUCCACAUUCAAAUAACCCUUUCUGGAUUCUUCACGGAAUAAAAGUAAAUAAAAUAAAAAUCAAAAAAAUAAUAAUUAGGGGGCUGUCAAAAUUAUCGCGUUAACGGGCGGCAAUUAAUUUUUUAAAUUAAUCACGUUAAAAUAUUUGACGCAUUUAACGCACAUGCCCCGCUCAAACAGAUUAAAAUGACAGCACAGUGUCAUGUCCAUUUGUUGCUUCUGUUUUUUGGUGUUUUGGCGCCGUCUGCUGGCGCUUGGGUGCGACUGAUUUUAUGGGUUUCAGCACCAUGAGCAUUGAGUAAUUAUUGACAUCAACAAUGGCGAGCUGCUAGUUUAAAUUUUUGUUUGUAAAUUUUACAAAUUUUAUCAAAACGAAAACAUUACGAGGGGUUUUAAUAUAAAAUUUCUAUAACUUGUACUAACAUUUAUCUUUUAAGAACUACAAGUCUUUCUAUCCAUGGAUCACUUUAAUAGAAUGUUAAUAAUGUUAAUGCCAUCUUGUUGAUUUAUUAUUAUAAUUAACAAAUACAGUACUUAUGUACAGUAUGUUGAAUGUAUAUAUCCGUCUUGUGUCUUUCCAUUCCAACAAUAAUUUACAGAAAAAUAUGGCAUAUUUUAUAGAUGGUUUGAAUUGCGAAUAAUUACGAUUAAUUAAUUUUUAAGCUGCGAUUAACGCGAUUAAAAAUUUUAAUUGUUUGACAGCCCUAAAUAUAUAAUAUAAUAAUAGAUAAUAACACUAUUAAUGAAAUAGAUAAUAACCAAAUAAACAUCUCUGGGUUCUUCACAGAAAAAAGCCAGGAAAUAAAUAACACUAUUGAGAAAAAAAAAUAAAAAAUUCAGGGGGCCGGACCAAAUGUAGAGGCGGGCCGUACUUUGGGGACCCAUGCUCUAUUGGAUUGAGAUCUGGUGACUGUGGAGGCCAUUUGAGUACAGUGAACUCAUUUGCCACGUUUACAUGGAGCCAAAUAUUCCAAUUACAAUCGGUUUAGAUGUUCAAACCGAAUAAAUGUGUUCCAUAUAAACACCUCAUUCGGAAUGAACAGGCCCAAACCGAAUGGAAUUUCAUUCCGAUUCACAGUGGUGGAAUAUUCCUUUUCCCAAACCGAUUAGAAGUAAAAUUAUAUCAUGUAAACAGGGAAGCGGAAUGGUGUCUGGUUGCGUUCUUUCUGCGCAUGCUCCGUACUGACGUGGUGACGUCACUUGGUGACGUAAGUAAUGUCACUUGCAACAUGGCUUCCAAGCACAGCGCACCUAAUUGGAGUCUGGCGGAAAGAUUGUAUUUAAUUCAAACUUUAAAAGAAUUGAAUAUAAUUGCUCGCUUAGACGGGCGUAAAACGAGGAACAGUGAACUAUUUUAAAAAGUUCACGAGAGGUUACACGGAGCCGGAAUAGACCGGAGCGUUGACCAGAUUAGAAACCGGUGGAAAACGCUGACAAUCGGCUACUACAAGGCAAAAGAGCAAAACAGCAGAAGCGGAUAUGACCCCACAAACACAACAAGUGGGUUAAAGCUAAAACAGCAGCACUCUGACGAUCGAUCUCCAUGUUUUGCAACGUGACGCUUUGUUUUGAUUAAUCUGCGCAUGUCAGACGGCAGUUGUCAAACGUCCUUUCGGAAUAAAGGCAGACACAUGUAAACGCUUGAUCGGAAUAGAUGAAGUGACAUGUAAACAGCUGAUCUGAAAUUUCCAUUCGGAAUGAUUUGAGUCGGUAUGAAUAAAAGUCAGCAUGUAAACGUGGCUAUUGUCAUGUUCAAGAAACCAGUCUGAGAUGAUUCCAGCUUUAUAACAUGGCGCACAGUGUUGUCAGUAAUCUGAUUACUUUUAGUAACGAGCAAUCUAACGCGUUCAUUUUUCCAAGCCAGUAACCUGAUUAAAGUUAGUUUCCUCGGUGCCUGUGCGUUACUAUUUUGUUGUUGCCUCAUACUGUAUGUAGAAUGAAGAAUAUUGUAGUCAUGUACGAAGAGCAUUUGAAAAGAAAAUACUGCGCUUGAGUUUGGGAGUGACAUCACAUCUCACGUUUUCUCAUCGGGGGGAAAAAAACGGGUCACGUGUAUUACCAUGCUGUCUGCGCCCGCCGUCUGCCAUGGCAGUCAACAACAUAGCCUGGCUAGUGGCUACCUAUCAGGAUGCUAACAGUAAAGGAGCCGGAGAGAUACAACAAACAUUGCUCACUGGAGAUACAGCCAUUACUUCACAUAUUCUACUUCACAUAUCCGUCCAAUAAAGAUGACAAAAAUAUCUCCGUGCGUUGCAAACUAUGCGCUGGCUCAGAAAGAGUGUCGACCGCUAUAUACUCGACAUCCAAUUCAACAAGGAAGCACUUGGAAUUACAGCACAACGCGUCGCGAAAAAAACUCGAGACAAAGCCGACAGGUAAUGAAACAGCCAGCACUUCUACAGUUUGUAACCAGCCUUUAUAAUAUGUGUAAUUAUGUACAUUUUAUAGUUAGAGUUUGUAAUCAUAGGCGGAGUUUUACAUUUGUGGGACUGGGUGGAGAAGCAUGUUGAAGACUGAAACGAAAGUCAAAAGAUUGGACACACUUCAUAAUUUUUGCCUUUUAUAUAUUUUUUAGGGCUGUCAAACGAUUAAAAUUUUUAAUCGAGUUAAUUACAGCUUAAAAAUUAUACGUAAUUAAUCGCAAUUAAUCGCAGUUCAAACCAUCUAUAAAAUAUGCCAUAUUUUUCUGUAAAUUAUAUAUACUGUAAAAUAAGUUGUUGGAAUGGAAAGAUAAGACACAAGAUGGAUAUAUACAUUCAACAUACGGUAUAUAAGGACUGUAGUGGGCAUUUUACUCUACUGUCAUUUAAAUCUGUCUAUGCUAUCCUCACUCCGAAGCGUCUACUUUUUCCAAAGCUAGACAGCUAGUGAACGACGCCUUAAUAAUCAGACUUCUUCCUUUUUCAUCUGAUUUAUUAAUAAAAUGGCCUCAAACAAUUCUUCUCUUUAGACCGUAGUGAAACUACAAAAAAAAAAGUACACAAGCAUUGCAUUAGCAACAACGUUAGCUUAGCACGCUAUACAGGUUCACUAAACAUAAACAAAAAGCGUCUCAUACAAAAAAUAUAACAUUUCGCUUACUAACAUAAUAUGUACAUUCUUUACAACAACCAUACUUACGGACAAAUCUUGUCCAAGGAUCAUAUAAGCACAACAUUACAACGUAGGCGUCAGCCCGAGACGUCAUGCAGCCUUAUUGAACUGGCAAGAAAGCAAUAAACCAUGUCGCAAAGCGACCACAAGAGUUCGCUGUUAGACAGCACAAACAACCUUGCUGUAAAACUUACCAAAAGGCAGAAUACUGUCUGACAUGGGACAGUGCGGGACAUGUGCGUUAAUUGCGUCAAAUAUUUUAACGUGAUUAAUUUAAAAAAUUAAUUACCGCGCGGUUAACGCGAUAAUUUUGACAGCCCUAAUAUUUUUACUACUAUUGUAUAUUCUCACUGUUUUCCGAAAUUUCCAGGUUGGCGGUGAAUCAGUAACAGGCACACUUUUGCAAAAUAGACCAUGUUUAUUGAUUAGAAAAUGCAGAAUAAAUGCGAUUUAUUGAUUACAAUCCCACAAGAGCAAGCAACAAGUAUCAAAAACAAGCAUAACAAGGGUAACGAUGACGCUAGAUUGAGUUUGUCAAUCCCAGAAUCCCCGCACUACCGUUACAGCAAAACCAAAUGUCCCUUAGCAAUGAAAAUCGCUUACCGUGACAAAUGAGCGGGAGCCAACGCUCCAGUAAGGCGGCGAAGGAACAAAGCCUGGCGAUCCGUGACCCGCUGACGGACUUCACUGGUCGCCCGGAAAUGCCCGGUUUUUGUAGGAACACGCCAACCCCCGCUCCCAGGCGGCGUGGCCCCGUCCAAUGACAAAGCGACUUUUGGUUCAGCCCCUCGAAAAAGGGGCUUUUCUUUGCGUGGUUCCCAGGCUGUGCCGUCCGGUAGCAGAUGUUGUGUUUUUCCACGGUAAAUAUUAUGAGUGCAAAACAAGUUAUCUCGUGAUAUUCCCUCCUACCUAUGGCCCUCCUAAGUAUGGGACUAUGACGCAAAACAAGUUAUCCCGUGAGAUUCCCUCCUAACUAUGAAACUCAAGGUAGAAGUUGUAAUGAUCUAGGUCACAGAAGUGACCAUACAUCACAAAGGCAUAAUGUAAUAUUUUCCCCAUCAGUCACUGAAGACAUCAAAACUAUGAACGAACAUGUGGAAUGGCAAAAAAAGUGAAAUAACUGAAAACAGGUUUUGUGUUCUACAUUCUUCAAAGUAUCCACCUUUGAGGUGUCUCCAGACUUUUGGCCAAUAUAUACACACAUCUUGACACUGUUCGAGUUCAAUCAACUGUUCAAGUUGUUGGCAGCGUUUGAAAGCUUAGGUUUGAAGAAAUUCUAAAUACCCAUCUUGCCGCCUCUGGUGUAGUUUUGGCUAAGCAAAGGAUAGUCUCCAAGGUGCUAGUCACAUGAUCUGUUCGAAAAAAGGAUUUUGACCCAUUAUGAAAACUUUACGUUGUAGGAUUUUUGUUCAUUUCAUUAAUUUUUGUUGUUUGUUUUAUUGCUUUACAACUUUUAGAGACAACAUUUUAACGGCUAGGUCUUUAUUUCAAAGGAGAAGUUCAGAAUUUUUUACAUUAGGCUUUAUCUUGGAGUCAGCGGGGGUUUAAUUAGUCGUUGGAGUUGAUUUAAACAAAUUUUUUGCAGUUUGUCAGUCAUUUGUUAGUUUAAGGGCUCCGGAAUGGCUAAGCUAGGGCGAGUCAAUGGUGGUCGACUAAUUAAACCCCCGCUAACUCAGAUUAAGCCUUAUGUGAAAAAUUCAAUUACACGCGAUGACAUUUUUUCUGUUGGGGCAGGAAAAGGAAAAAAAUUGGUAAAAAGUAACUGAUAAGUUACUUUUAAAGUAACUUAGUUACUUUGAUAAUACAGUAAUCAGUAAAGUAACUAGAUUACUUUUUUGAGGUGUAAUCAGUAAUCAGUAAUUAAAUUACUUUUUUAAGUAAUCCAUGACAACACUGAUAGCGCAUUACCCUGCUGAAAGUAGCCAUCAGAAGUUGGGUAUAUUGUGGUCAUAAAGGGAUGGACAUGGUCAGCAACAAUACUCAGGUAGGCUGUGGCGUUCCAACGAUGCUCAAUUGGUACCAAGGGGCCCAAAGAGUGGCAAGAAAAUAUUCCCCACACCAUUACACCACCACCACCAGCCUGAACUGUUGAUACAAGGCAGGAUUGAUCCAUGCUUUCAUGUUGUUGACUCCAAAUUCUGACCCUACCAUCCGAAUGUCGCAGCAGAAAUCAAGACUCAUCAGACCAGGCAACGUUUUUCCAAUCUUCUAUUGUCCAAUUUCGAUGAGCUUGUGCAAAUUGUAGCCAGUUUCCCGUUCUUAGCUGAAAUUAGUGGCACCCGGCGUGGUCUUCUGCUGCUGUAGCCCAUCUGUCUCAAAGUUCGAUGUACUGUGCGUUCAGAGAUGCUCUUCUGCCUACCUUGGUUGUAACGGGUGGUUAUUUGAGUCACUGUUGCCUUUCUAUCAGCUUGAACCAGUCCGGCCAUUCUCUGACCUCUGGCAUCAACAAGGCAUUUCUGCCCACAGAACUGACGCUCACUGUAUAUUUUUUCUUUUUCGGACCAUUCUCUGGAAACCCUAGAGAUGGUUGUGCGUGAAAAUCCCAGUAGAUCAGCAGUUUCUGAAAUACUCAGACCAGCCCUUCUGGCACCGACAACCAUGCCACGUUCAAAGUCACUCAAAUCACCUUUCUUCCCCAUACUGAUGCUCCGUUUGAACUGCAGGAGAUUGUCUUAAACCAUGUCUACAUACCUAAAUGCACUGAGUUGCCGCCAUGUGACUGGUUCAUUAGAAGUUAAGUGUUAACGAGCAGUUGGACAGGUGUACCAAAUAAAGUGGCCGGUGAGUGUAUAUUCCUAAGUCAGUGCAGGAAAAACACAAAUGUUACUUUAGUCACUUUUACUCGUAAUAUUUUAUUUUUUUACAACUUGUCUGUCGUUUGUCAUUAGACUAUUUUUCCAUCACUGUGUGUUACUGCAAUCUACAAAAAGAAAACUUGCAUUGUAUAGCGAUAACUUAUUCCUUCCGUGCUCUGAAUGUAGAUAUUGUUAAUUAAUGCCUGUCAUGAGAUGUUUAUGAUUGGAGCUGCUAUCUUGUACAUUAUGUAUGGUGAUGUCACUGCCCUGUGACUUUUUUAAGAUAUGUAUUAAAAAAUUUGAUGAUAAUAA